CACAAUUUGUUUGAAAAUGGCGACUUACGUAGGCAACGAAAACAACUUAUUUUAAAAAACUAGAUUUAUUUUUAUUUCUUUGAAUUGUUAUCAUACAGUAUGUCUCGGCCAAGCUCAUCCUCGGGCUACACUACACCAUCAUCAGGUUUUUCUAGACUGCCCCCUAUAGUGACGAGCGAGUCAGAUCGGGAGUUUCUUAGAGCACUAAAUGAAUACAUCCAACAGGAACUUGGCAAAGUGGAUGCCACUGAUGAUGAGCAGCGAUACAUUGUCUACAAAACAGCAUUUAAUAAGAUUAUUGAGCAUGUAACAGCGUACCAACCUCUCUUGACUGGCAUCAAGAAAGAGUAUGAAGACACUAUUGAAGCCAUCAAGAAAGCCCAGCGUGAAGCUACAUUCCUCCAUGGAAAACUUAAAGCAAUGGCCUCGGAGCCAUCAACUAUCCGUAACUACCGGAGGAGGGGUGAUGAACUUGAGGAAAGGGUCAAUAUUGUACAGAAAGACAACGAGAGACUUAGGAAUCAACUGCUUGAGCUAAAGGUGAAGAGAAAGGAAAGAGAAAAACAAGAGAGAGAGAUAACCGAACCACCAAAACGGGAGUUGAAGAAAGACCACAGAUUAAUUCCAGGUUUAACUCUUGAGCAGUGUACUGACAAGGAACUUCUGCAACAGAAACUGAUAGAACUUGACCGGCAGUUGAAGGAACUGACCAUCAGCUUCAAGACACGUUAUGUCCCCAAGUCUCGCAAGAUCGAACUUAAAGAUACAUUGGAUGAGAAAGUCGCAUACAGGGAUAUGUUGUUACGACAGGGACAGUUUUACAAAGCUAAGAGACAGAGGCUUAAGUUCGCCUUGGAAGCAGCCCAGGCGUACAAUCGUGAAAAGCCGCCACAUCAGACGGUGGGUGAUACAGUUAUGAUGGCCCUUCAGUAUGCCGCCGCUCAGGCCAGAAAACAGAGGGAGGCUGAGCAGCAGGGUCUGGGUCGUCCUCAGAGCCAGGGAGGGGAAGGUGGGGUGGGACGGGAGAGCUCUGCGCUGGGCGAUGGCCCAACCCCGACAGCGGCAUUUGAGGACGAUGACCCGAAUAAGGAAAAAGAGGCGGAGAUGAUGCUAGAGUACAUUGAGAAGUUUAACGAGCUGUUUGAGGAUGGGAAAUAUGAGGAAGCCGCCAUUCACGCAGCAAACAGUCCCAAGGGGAUACUGCGGACAUCGGCUACUCUUGCGAAGUUCAGAGCUGCUAAACUGGAUUCCGAAGAUGUACGUAUGCGUAUCCAAGGUCGCACGCCUCUGCUGAUGUUCUGUGAUGCGCUGAUGUCGUCUGUCGGGAUCGAGAACGCCCGCCCGGACGCCCGUCUGUCCCUGGAGUGUGUCGAGUGUGUGCUGUAUGAGAAUAGGCUUGAUCUUCUUGCGCACUGGAUCGCUCAGAAGAGGUUGACAUUCACUGCUGAGAUCGGUGACACCAUUCGCACCAACUGCCAGUGCAAGAUUCCCUGUCGCUGUUCCGCCCAGGCAUUGGCACAGAACGUGUUUACACAGCUAAAGAUGUACAGGGAUGCCUGUGUGUGUUUGUUCAGACAGGGACGCAUCAGGGCUGGCAUCGAUCUGGCUAGAAUCAGGUGUUCAUUCACCCGUGACGAUUACACCCACCUGCUCAAAGCCUGCCCCUCCCUGCAGUUGCUCCAUGCCUUUGUACAGACUGACAGUCGCGAGGGGGAGGGCAGUGUACUCCCCUUGCCCCUUGGGCAGGUCAUUUUGACAUUGAUAGAAGAGAGCCGGUUUGAUCUGGUCCUGCAGUUUUUACAGGAGCUGCAGAAUAUGCCCUCGAAAGACCAGCCACAGUCGUCCAGUUUCUAUGAGGCAGUGUUGGCUGAUACAGAGACCACCGAGCAUCAAUGGGAAGGCCUUGUUCACGUAUUACAGGACCAGGGUUACGAUGAGACGGCCCUUGCGCUGCUGGCGGCUCUCACUGUGCUGCAGGCCAUGAAGAACGCCCUCCGUACAUCACAGGACAAACUGGCCACGCCCCCUGAUACACCCCCUGCUGAUAGCCAAGAUGCUCUUGCAUAGUUAAAAUUCCAAAUAUAUUGUAACUUGUUCUUUGAAAAUCCCCUGUGAUAUGACAGUUUACAAUCAUCUGUAUAUUCAUCUCUCCCUCAUUCAUGGGGAGACAUAUUGUGUUUACUCUGUCAGUCAGACCGUACAUCACAUUUUGUUUCUGCACAAUAACUGUAGACGCUUUGACCCAGAAACUUCAUAUCUUUUAUGCCAGUUGGACAUGACUAGUAGACCCCUAUUGGUUUAAGAUCAAAGGUCCAAAAGUACAAAUUUCAUGUCCAUUGUUUCUCAGCAAUGACCACACAAUAGAGGUGACAAGCUUUUUUACCCUGUUCUUCUAAAGCAACGUUUACUUUAAGGCCUGUUCCAUAUGUGGCUUAUCUGUUUUUCAAAGAUAAAAGUCCAGCUAUUGUAAUUGCCUUGGCAUGCAGAUGUUCACAAUGCUAUGAACAUGGAUGUGGAUGAAAGUUGAACCUUGACCAUGACUACUCAAAAACGGUUCAAGGUUGAAACUUUGAACAAGGAACUUUGUUUAUGUCUUGCCAGAGACAGUGUGAGCAUAUGUUGCAAGGUCCGUAACUCUGGCUUCAAUUACUGUAGAGUUAUUCCCUUUUUAGAACUGAAAAAAGUUUUGCCAUCUGCUGUGAUUCUCUUGUUAAAAAAAAUAAAGUUUAAGUAUUCCAGUAUACAAUCAGGUUGUCUAUGGCAAAUUUCUUCAUCUAAAAAAGGUACCGGUAUAUAUGCUGAUAAAAAGGAUAAAUGCAACUAUAAUUUAAAGAUUAUAUCACCGUACAAUUGUAAUCAUUUGUUACAUCUGUAUGGAUUUUAAAGAAAAGAUAUUGAUCAAAUAUGCUGUUUCAAUGCAAAGAUCCUUUUUUGUAUUUUACCUUAACUGUGAUAGUUGUUAAUGAUAUAUAGCUCUUAUACGUUUGUUUUAAAGAUUUGUGUAUAGACUUUUUUGAGAAAUAAACUGACUUUG